AUGGUCCAGCUCAAGUCUGUUUACGCGCUGGGUGUCGCGGCAUUCGCUGCGCUGGGUGUCGCUGCUCCUACAGGGUUGGAGGCGAGAGCGGUCUCGUCGGAGAUCCUGCAACAGUUGACCGUGUUCGCACAGUGGUCUGCUGCCUCCUACUGCACGGAUAAUAUCAACUCCCCGGGCACCAAGCUGACAUGUUCUGCUGGCAAUUGCCCGCUGGUCGAGGCAGCCAACACCGAGUCCCUUUCCGAGUUCAACGAGUCUUCCUCCUUCGGAGAUGUAGCAGGAUUCUUGGCCGUAGACACCACGAAUGAACUGCUCGUGGUCUCCUUCCGAGGAAGUCGGACACUCGACACCUGGAUUGCGAACCUGGACUUCGGCUUGCGCAGCAUCAGUGAUGUGUGCACUGGAUGCGCCGUGCAUUCUGGUUUCUGGAAGUCUUGGGAAGUGGUGUCGGACAAGUUGACGGCUCAAAUCCUCGCCGCGCAACAGACAUACCCAGGGUAUACUCUGGUGAUCACCGGACAUAGCUUCGGUGCUGCCCUUGCCACCAUCAGUGCUGCGGUUUUACGGAAAGCAGGCAUUGCAGCCAUUGCGUACCCCUUUGCGUCGCCUCGCGUUGGUAACCUGGCUUUGGCGGAGUACAUCACCGCUCAGGGAUCCAACUACCGUGUCACUCACACGAACGAUCUUGUGCCCAGACUCCCUCCCAGAAUCGCUGGGUUCAGCCAUAUCAGCCCUGAGUACUGGAUCACGAGCCCGAAUGAAGCGACCGUCACAGCGGCCGACAUUAACCUCGUUGAAGGGAUCAACUCCAAGGGCGGCAAUACUGGAGAGGCUACCACUAGCACCGAGGCACACAAUUGGUACAUCGUCCACAUUGAUGCGUGCCAGUAG